GGCGAGGUAACGGCCGCCGAAGUCCCUGAGGCAGGAGAGCUGCUGUGAGCGGACACCUCAGGGAAAGCGUGACCGGGAGGACCGUGCCCGUUAUAGCCAGCCGGUGAGAUCUUCAAUCAAAAAUGGAUGCCGUGUCUGUUGUCACCCAUCUGAGGAACCUGGCGUCUGAGCCACAGAAUAGAGCAAGUAUUGUGAGGGACAGGAGUUGCCUGGCGGGUCUCAUCCUUUUUCUUAGUCAUCAGGAAGCACGCGUGGUUGAAGCGGCUCUUCAGACCAUUCACUACUUAUGUGAAAAUCCUCAUCAUUGUGAAAUAAUGAGAAGUCAGCUUGGUAUGAUGGUGAGUCUGGAGAACAUAAGGAACAGUGACCUGAAUAAUCAUAUCAAACUACUGGCCCUUCGGAUUCAUAAGUCACUAAGCGUGCCAAGUCACGUACAUACCCCAGAAACAAAGGCCAAGCAGCACAACCUGCAGUUCUUCAUUUCAAGUGCAAACAAAAGAGCAAAAACCAUAACACUCCAUAUCCAUGGACUGGAUGAUCUGGAAAGGAAAUCCCUAUGUGAAGAAGCAUUAUUGAAGGUGAAAGGAGUAAUCAGCUUUACAUUUCAGAUAGCAAUCAGGAGGUGCACCGUGCGGGUAAAGCCAGACCUGGCAACAGAGUGUUUAACAUCCGCCAUCGCAGAAACAAAAGUCCUGAAGGCGCAGCAGGUGAUAAAGAAUGACUGUGGGAAAGAGGUUUAUGUUCCACUGCCAGUUAUGAACAAUCCAGUGGAAAAGAUCCAGUGCUUACCGGACUACUUGCCAGAAGAGGAGAGUCCUCAGAAAGAUCUGGAAAAGGCUUUAACCCGUCCUACGUCAAAGGAUGAAUCUCGUGGAAGUUGGCUAAAUGCAGCAGCCGGUUUUCUUAGUAAAACUUUUUACUGGUGACCUCCAUGAAAUGUUCAUCAAUGUACAUAUUGUCCUGUGUAUUUCUAUGUGAUCUAUUACAAUUAGAAACACUAGAAGUUUCUCGGAAUAUGUGAGCUUCACACUAGGAUCUACCUGACUGUUUUUGUAGCUAGAUAUCAGGCAAUUCUGUGUCAUGUACAAGAAGACUUUAUUCCAUGGGGUGGGAGGCUCACUAGACCAGGACUGAAAUCUGCACCAAACCAGCUGAAUGCAGCAUUGGUAGUCGCAUCUCAAACUGGGGGAAGGAAAAAUAAUUUGUCUUGGCAAAUUCUACCUGAUGCCAGUUCUUCUCAGAGAAGAAGACCGGCACUUCGCAGGGAUGUAGAUCAAAAAGGAUGAUUUAUUUGGCCACAUAUUAAAGUGGCAUACUGAUGCGUUUCAACACUGGUGUGCUUUCAUCAGACUGCAAUGAAACAUCUUACACUCAAGCUAUUUAUAUACAAAUGAAACACUAAGGAACUGACAUCAUCAGAGGAACGCCACCUCCCUGAUUAAACAUAAAAUUUGCAUCCACUCUGCACUGGCGAAGAUUUUCAAUCAAAUAUAGUCCAUUUUUGCAGUGAUUAGUCACGCUGAAGAAAGAAAGAAAUAUAUUUAUCAAACUCCAUAAGGCCGAAUGCCUUAUAGGAAGCAGGACACAUUGUAUUCACGAUUGAGGCCCCUGGGCUCCAUUGUCUGCAAACGAUGGAUCCAGUAGGCCUCUCUUUUCAAUAACAGUUUAUUUCUAUCACCCCCUCGACGAGGUAAUGAUACACCUUCAAUGAUCUGAUACCUCAACUGUGAAAUAUUAUGGGUUUUUUUCAUGAAAGUGAAGGGGUAUUGGAAGUAAUAAAUUCUGUUUACGGAUAGUAGAUUUGUGCUUACUUAGUCUGUCCUUCAUUCUCAUCGAGGUUUCCCCCACAUGGACAUUUGAGAAUGUAAACCACAAAUCUACUAUCACAGGUGAACGUGCCCCUUAUUGGAAUAUUUUCACCUGAGUGAGGAUGGGAGAAAUAUGAACCCUUUAUUAUAACGCUGGAACAAUUGACACAAUUUCAACAAGGAAACGUGCCCCGUCUAGGUGUAGAUAAAAUACUCUGUCCUCUUUCUAUUUUAUUACUUCCCACAUCUGCCCGGACUAUUUUAUCCCUAAUAUUUUCUGCCUGUUUGUAGCAUAUCAUGGGUGGCCUCUGAAACUCACCUAUCUGUGGAUAGGACUUAGAGAUAAUAUAUGCCAAUGUUGAUUGACAAUAGUCCUCAGGCGCUGGGACCAGGGAUGGUAUUUAAUCACUAGAGGGAUCCUUGUUUCUUUUUUGAUUCUAUCUGGCAGUAUAUUCACAGCUUUAUUGCGCUGUAUUUUCAAUAAAUCAGGGGGGUAGCCUUGCUCUCUAAACUUAUUGGU